AUGGAGGAAAACUUUACUUUUACUUAUCUACCUGGCGCAGUUUUUAAGACUACUCAGACCAGAGAAAUUCAAGAUCUCCUAACUAAAUGGGGAUUAGCUCAAUCAAUGAAUUUAUGGAAGUUCAGAUUUGAUCAUGCAUUUAAUGACUUGAUGUCUGCAUCAUUUCUCAGUGAUUUAGUAAAUAGCCCAGACGUCGCCAAUGUAGUUGCACCUAUUCGAACUGCUAAGACAAGAGACAGCAUUUCACAACUAAAUUACACAGAGCUAAGGACAACACAGACUUCUAUGGAUUUUUUCAAUUUUCUGGAAGCCAAUAGAUUUGCUGAUCCUAGCGGGUACAUCAGUAAAAUUAUUCCAGAUUAUUUUGAAGAAAUAGAAAUAUGUGAUAAAAUAAGACAAGCAAUUUUGAUUGAAGAAAGCGAAAAUUAUGAGCUCCUUACUGAAAAUAUUCGAAAUGAGUUUUUGUUUAGGAUUUUUCAGCAUAUUACAAUUGGAGGAGGAAUUUGCCAAUAUGAAGAUUAUACAACUCCUUAUAUGGAUGUUGUAAAAUCCUUAUAUAAGGAUUUAAUUUCAGUGGGAAAAGACGAAUCCGGGCAACUUAGGAUUUCAUCAAAAGCGUAUCAGUUGAAGAAUAGCCAAGAAUUUAGACUAUUUACUGCAGAGCACCCUCAAGACUUUCUUUAUGUAAUCGUAGACCAACAAAAUAGGCAUGUAAAUCUGUGGUAUCAUAAGUGGCAUGGAAUAUGGUAA